AGGACUCGUCAGAACAGAGGUGGCGGAGGGAGUGAAAAGUUGUGUCCAUUUUUAAGUGUAAAUUUCUAAGCAAAAUGGCGGAAAAGGGAGAUGGUGGGUCCGAUACAGUCUCCCUGCCCCCCACCUACGCCCCCUCCGAGGCCUACACUGAGUCCCCGCCCCCCGCGUACCGUGGCGGGCGAGGCAGCGGCAAGACGGUACAGAUUGUCAAACUGGUGUGCGUGACAGCUGUUGUUAUCGCCUUCCUUAGCGGGUUCUUCGUCCUCGCCUCCCACUACAUGAAGACGAGGGCGUGUACUUGUGACCCGCGCCCGCUGGACUCGGUGGAAGGCAGGGCAGCUCUCCUCCACGCUGGCUUCCUCCCUCCUCCCCCCCCUGCAGCUGAGGCCCUGGUGGGAGAGAAGAAGGUGGAAAAGGUGGAGAAGAAGGAGGAGGAGGAGGAGAUAAAUGAAAACACUCUAGAUGCUGGAGAUGACCCCGUAUUUGGAGAUGACCAGGUGGACGCGUUGGUGGAGGAGGUGGUGGAGGCAGAACACCAGCUGGAGGAGGAGAUGAAGGAGGUGGUGGAGGAGGAGGAGGAGGCGCUGCAGGACAUCCUCAGAGCUCAGGCUGACCACAUGAAGAAGAUCAGACUCCCUAUUGACCUCAUUAUGGGGAAUCCGAACCUUGCCGGCAAGGAGGUGAACUGCGAGGUGGAGCGGCGCCAGGUCCCCAUCGCACCAGGAGUCAUGUCCCAAACGAUCCUAGUGACUUGUAAGGACGACGAGGAUCAAGACAAGGCUAUCCCACGCCCCAAACCCUCCCUGAACCCCUUCCCCGCUCCACGGCCCCCUAUGUCCCUCAUCGCCCCCCUCAUGAAGAUGCUAACCUCCCGCCCCGGUCCACAGCCAAGACUAGUGCCUAUUUUCCCACCCCGGGCGUCAUUUGGGCCAAAAACUCGUAUUUCCCCAGUGGUUAGCCUCACUCCACUGUCCCAGCAUGCCCCAGUAAUGUCCCACGGUCCCCCAGUAAUGCCCCACGGUGCCCCAGAGCCCCGUGGUAACCCUGAGGGGCUUUCAGAUAGAAUGCUCCCCCGUCACCUUCAGCCGAUCGUCAGAAUCACACCCCGUUUUCUUUCACAAGCCAGAGAAACCACAGGGAAGAUUAAUAUGGUUAGUUUGCAAAGAGGGGCUCUUCCUCUCCCCCAGGCAACCCCCAGAGCGCCCCCCUCCCCCAUCAGUCUCUCCCCCUUCCCCCCAAGGCCCAUCAUGCGCUCCUUCCUGCCAUUCAAAGUUCUGGCAGACACACCUACCGGCCUAUCACGCCCACGCCCCGCCACGCACAUGGAGAUGAAGGCUGAGGAGAAGGACUUCGGGCCACCACGCGGACACACACUGAUUCAAAAUGGCCGCCAGCUCACCCCAGUUCACCCCAGCGGCCCAAUCCGCCCCCCACCUCGUCUUAUCACCCUCCCCAAGGCCAUUCGAGUCCACACACUCCCCAGGAACACCCCCUUCAACACCCCAGGGAGUUUUGAAGCUUCACCCCCCCGAUUCGAAGCUUCACCACCCCGUUUCGAAGCUUCACCACCCCGUUUCGAAGCUUCACCACCCCGUUUCGAAGCCUCACCCCCGCGAUUCGAAGCUUCACCCCCCCGUUUCGCUCCAGAGGGUCGCCGCGCCCCUCCCGCCUCAUAUUAACCCAGAUGCUGAGGUUAUCGCCCCCCUCCACCCCAGAUGACCUCUCCCCGCCCCCACGUAAACAUCAUCUUCUUAUGGUUAAUUAAGGGUAGUCUCUCUCUCUCUCUCUCUCUCUCUCUCUCUCUCUCUCUCUCUCUCUCUCUUUUCUUUAUUUUUUUCUAUCUUUUCCUCUAUUUUUCUCUCGUUUCUCUCUCUCUCUCUCUCUCUCUCUCUCUCUCUCUCUCUCUCUCUCUCUCUCUCUCAAUUCAAAGAAAAAAAGAAAAAUAUAACAAAAAAAAAUUAUUAUUACUAUUAUUAUUAUUAUUAUUGUUAUUGUUGAAGUAAUUAAUCAGAAUUUUUAUCAAUUAAUUUAUUUACGAACGUUUUCCAAAAUACUAAAGAAAGAGAAAAAAUGGCGGCUAUACAUUUUUUUUUUUUUACAAUGAUCAAAUGUUACGUUUUAUUUCAUUUCAAUUUGGUAUUUUUGUCUCAUUUCAUUUAUUAUUAUUUAUUAUUAUUAUUAUUUAUUUUUUCUAUUAUUUUUCUCGUUAUUUUGUUUAUUUUACUUCAUUAUUAUUAUUUAGUUCAUUUUUCAUCCAUUGCGCUUCCAUUCGUAUUAAGGAAAACUUGAUAAUUAAAGAAACUAUUAUUGUUAUCACUUAUGAAAGAUGCUACACCUAAUUUAUCUCCCCACUCCCUCCCUCUCUCUCUCUCUCUCUCUCUCCCUCCCCUUCCUCUUGUCUCCUAUUCAAAAACUAAGCUAUAAUAAACUAAAAGAUAUCACUGUAGCGUUCAAUAUUAACAUUUUGCAGAACGUAAUAU